AUGAUCGACCAACUCCUGGGCCGACCGUCGCCAACGGUGCGGACGUCCGAGACGUAUCUCGUAUUGUUCUUCUGGAUCUGGAGGCUCUACAAGGGAAGCGCAGUGCGAGUCCAAUCAGGCCGCCGGCACAACGUGCAGCGCUACAACCUCGCCGCCGUCACCCGCAACCAGGCAUGGUGGCGUCGCGUGUGGAGCUUUCUCGUCGCGCGAGACUCUGGCAAGUCUUGGAUGACGAGCAUCAAUCACAGAUUGAAACACUUUACGCCCUAUCAGCUCGUCGUCGGCACAUUCACCUUGAUGUAUGCGUUUCGUCACCUCGAUGACCUGUUAGGCGUAGCUGCUCCCGAUCCUAUGGCUGGAAUGUAUUCACGUUCCUUCUACCGCGCCACAUGGAUCAACACGGCUCUCGACGCUGGCUUUGCGAGUGCCAUGGCUGUCCGACCCAAAUGGGCAAAGGACAUUAUGUCACUCGUGUUCGCGGCCUACUAUCUCAUCUUUGCCGAGCAGGGAGACGAAGUCUUACGCCGUUGGCGCGCCCUCUGCAGUGUCGAGAUGCUGCGAACGACAUGGGAGAAGACUAACAAUCCCUAUAUCCGAUUUUUGACCCGACCGGGACGUGCGAGUCUUCAAGUUGUGAGGAACGUGUCCAUCGCACGACCCUCCACCUCGUCACGCGCCAAGCUCCCGCCUGUGGCGGGACUGCUCCUGUUCAAUGGCUCCGAAGCCGAACUCGCAAAGGCCACCGAGCUCAUUGUCGAUUUCCCGGGUGGCGGCUUUGUGGCCAUGGGUCCCGAGUGCCACGAGGAGCGUCUUCGUAUCUGGGCCAAACGCACCGGCAAGCCGGUCCUCUCCAUCAAUUACGGCAAGGCGCCGGAAUAUCCAUACCCGUGGGCCAUUGAAGAAGGCAUCGACGCAUAUCGCACGAUUACCGAUUCCAAGGGCGACGUCCUCGGUAUCAAGAGCGGCAAGCUGCGUGUGGUUCUCACCGGCGAUUCGGCCGGUGGCAACAUUUGCACCACCAUCAUGAACCGCAUCCUGGAACACCACAAACACAUUGACCGACCUGUAGCCAUGAUCCUCGCAUACCCUGCACUCGACUUCAACUACACCUCGUGGAUGACGCCAGCCAACCUCAAGGUGCUCAAGACUGAGCAGUCCGAGACGCACAUUCCUGGUCUGGCGCUCGGCAAGGACCACUUGGCCCACAAGUCGCCACUCAGUGUCGUCGAUGACGUUGGCAAGCGUCCACGUCGACCUCCCGCAAAAUCGCGCAAGAGCUGGGCGGACUCGAUUACUGGCAAGUUUGGUAUCACCAUGACCCCGACGAACGGCCGCAACCGUCCCUCCAGGGCCAGGAGCACUCCCGGAAGCCCGGUCAUGCACACUCAUGGACUCCCCCGCUCCAUGUCCAAGCGCGGCUCAGGAUGGUUCGCCUCGCAUGGCGAGAUGACUGAUUCGUCGGCAGGUGGCAUGAGCGACUCGGAAGACUCGGAGACGGACGACGAGCAACACCAUGGCAACGACCGCCGCAGCGAGGCUGAAAAGUCUCUUGCUGAGCGUGUCAAGACUCCUGGUGUGCAUGCCGACGAGCGGUUCACCGAGGGGAUCCUUGCCCAGUCGCCCGUCGCCAUUGUCAACGAGGAGGAGGCCGUGCCGGUCAAGGUACCCAUGCCUGUGGCAAAAGCCCGCAAGGCACCUAUCGGCUCGCGUCUCACCAUGACCAGUCGUGUGGGCUAUUUCCAGGACCGUAUCAUUACCCCGUCAAUGAUGCGCGCCAUGGCCAUUCUCUACAUUGGUCCCCAGGCUUGCCCCGACUUUGAGACCGACUACUACAUCUCCCCCAUUCUUUCCCCCAGCAAGAACCUCGCCUAUUUCCCUCCCGUCUACCUCAUCUCCGGCGAGCGCGAUCCGUUCGUCGAUGACACUGUCCUGUUUGCCGGUCGCCUCCGUGAAGCCAAGCGUACACGUCGGUCCGAGGCGGAGAGCAAGUCUACCAAGUCUGGAGCACCUGCGCCUCCCAACCGGCCUUCCAAGUUUGGCGAGAACCUGCGUCUCACCACGGGUGCCCCGGCGGCUCCCGCUGCCGCCACUGACGGCAAGGCCACAAUCCCGGACCACAUCGUACGGGAAACCGACGAUGACUGGGUGCAGAUGCGCAUCAUUGAGGGCUGGGGCCACGGCUUCAUGCAGAUGACUACUCUGAUGCGCGAGGUCGAGUCGGUUCUCAUUGAGAUGGCCGACUGGAUCGACGAGUCGUUUGAACGCGACACGUUGCUCCAAAAGGAGGACGAGGACAUCAAGGCCGUCCACGCCGCCGCCCGCGCUGCAUUCACUCCCGAGGGCCCUGUUCAAAUCACGGUGCAGGACCCGAUGCCUUCGCCCUUGCGAUCGCGCCACGUCAAGCCUGCGCGCGAAUACAAGCAAAACCCGACCGGCAAGGCCCUGGGUGGUGCUGAUCUCGGCGGCAUGAGCGGUCUCGACGACGACAACGACGGCAUGAUUUCGUUCACCCCCAAGAGCAAGCGACGCACCCCUCCCUCGUCGCAGUUCAUCCCUGUCCCUCGCCGCUCGUCACGCGACUCCCUCACGCGCAACAACUCUGUGCCCCGCUUCGACGACGACUCGGGAUCCUCGGGCGAGACCAUGUCCGUGUCCACGCCGACCGAUGCCUUCUCCCUCCUCCCCGUGGCCCCGCCCCGGGGCGGCGGCACGUUUGCCUUUUUUGGCUCGCGCCCCGUCAUCGCUGGCCCCAAGCCGACGGUCAAGUCGGCCGCCACAGCCUUGUACGGUCCGCAGGGGCGCAAAGUCCCCGACUCGAGUGGCAUGUCUGGCAAGGCGCCCAACCCCCUCGUCGCGGCUGCCGUUGCGAGCGCGGCGCGCGCCGCCUCCCCCGCACUUGCUGCAGCGGGCCUCGUGCCCCAAAGCGUCCAGAAUGUUUCCCAGGCCGAACUCAUGCGCCGUAGGCGGCAGGAAAUGGUCGCUGGUAUGGGAGAGACUCACUCGGUACAGGGCAGUGACCGCGAGUAA